AUGAGGGGAGGGCGGGGGCGACGGGGGCGCAAAGGGCGAGCGGGAGCCCGCGCAGGGGGCGCGAUCGUGGGCCCGGCGCAGCGGGCGCGGCUCUCGGACGUCGGAGAAAAUGCACCUGUGCCUCUCUGCGCCCAGGGGCAGCCAGGGAUGUUUCCGCCGCAGGACUUUCCCUGCGAGCUUCUACACCGCAUCCGCGCCCCUCCUGGAAGAAGCCGCCGAGCCCGGGAAGGGAGGCAGCCGCCCCAACUUUCCCGAGUUCGGCGUGGGAUCUGGGGGAGCCGGGUGCGCCCACAAGAAAAGCACCUGCUUUUCUCCCUACUCGAGGCCGAGAAGAGCGACUGA